UAAAAAACAUAACCACCCAAUUAUUUUCUUAUCAGACACAAUUAGGCUAAAUUAACAAUUUAUCAAAAUGAUGAACAUAGAAACCCAGGCCCCACUUAUUGUUGGUGGGGAAAGAACCAGUGGAAAAAAUGUCCGCACACAAAAUGUACUGGCUGCUUCUUCUAUAGCCAACAUUGUGAAAAGUUCUUUGGGGCCAGUUGGCCUUGACAAGAUGCUCGUUGAUGAUGUAGGUGAUGUUACAGUCACCAAUGAUGGAGCUACGAUCCUUAAGCUUCUGGAUGUAGAGCAUCCGGCUGCUAAAGUCCUGUGCGAGCUUGCUGAUCUCCAAGACCAAGAGGUUGGCGAUGGGACAACUUCUGUUGUUCUGAUUGCAGCUGAGCUUCUUAAAAAUGCGGAUCAACUAGCUCAAAGCAAGAUUCACCCAACUUCUAUUAUCAGUGGUUACCGACUCGCAUGUAAGGAGGCAGUUCGUUACAUGAACGAGAAUCUCACAAUCCCUGCUGCAGAUCUAGGAAGAGAUGUAGUCAUCAACUGUGUGAAGACUUCAAUGUCAUCCAAGAUCAUUGGUGUUGAUUCUGAAUUGUUCUCUGGCAUGGUUGUCGAUGCUGCCAAUGCUGUGAAGUUUGUUGAUGCAAAAGGAGUCGCGAGAUAUCCAAUCAAGUCAGUCAACAUACUCAAAGCUCAUGGUAAAAGUGCUAAAGAGAGCAUUUUGGUCAAUGGGUAUGCCAUUAACUGCACUGUUGCUUCUCAAGCGAUGCCAAUGAAGAUCGUCGGUGCAAAGAUUGCAUGUUUGGAUUUCAAUCUUCAGAAGACCAAAAUGAAGAUGGGAGUUCACAUCCUUGUUAACAAUCCUGAGAACUUGGAGGACAUGAGGAAGAGAGAGCUUGACAUCACCAAAGAGAGAAUCGAGAAAAUCAUGGCCACCGGAGCCAACGUCAUUCUCACAACUGGAGGAAUUGAUGAUUUGAAUCUGAAGUAUUUUGUCGAGGCUGGCGCCAUGGGUGUUCGACGAGUUCUGAAAAGAGAUUUAAAACGAGUUGCCAAGGCAACUGGAGCAACACUUUGUUCUACUUUGGCUAACCUGGAAGGUGAAGAAAGUUUUGAUGCCAGCAUGCUUGGUCACGCAGAGGAAGUGGUGCAAGAAAGAAUCUGCGAUGAUGAACUUAUUUUCAUUAAAGGCCCAAAAGUUCGAUCUGCUGCUUCAAUUAUUCUUCGUGGGCCAAACGAUAUCGCUUGUGAUGAGAUGGAGCGUUCGUUGCACGAUGCUCUUUGUGUCGUUAAGCGAGUUCUUGAGUCAAAGAGUGUGGUGCCUGGUGGUGGGACAGUUGAAGCCGCUCUUUCAAUUUUUUUGGAGAACUACGCUACUUCAGUUGCAUCUAGAGAACAACUUGCUAUUGCUGAGUUUGCACACUCACUCUUGGUUAUUCCAAAAACCCUUGCAAUGAAUGCCGCACAAGACUCAACUGAACUUGUCGCCAAGCUGAGAGCAUUCCAUAAUGAAGCGCAAAACAACCCAAAGAACCGUCAUCUAAAAUGGUCCGGCCUCAAUCUAGUUACUGGGGUAAUUCGUGACAACAAGUCAGCCGGUGUUUUGGAACCAUCAAUGAUAAAAAGUAAGAGCAUUAAGCUUGCUACUGAAGCGGCCAUCACCAUUCUCCGUAUUGAUGAUCUGAUCAAGCUUUAUCCAGAGAAGAAAGAAGGUGGUCCUUCCUACCAAGAAGCACUUCAGUCCGGCCAACUUGACAUGUAAUCAAGUUUAGUUGCUUUUCGUUAUUGCGAGAAUUUUUCCCCCCCCAUCCCAGUCAUGUAGCAUGAUUUACUUUGGUUCUGCAUGCGCUCGUUGGUUGCUGGCAGUUUUUGGCACAACGAAAUUACACAUUUCACUGUGACCAGAAAUUUGUUAGCUAGUUCUUUGGUUUCUUAUAACAAAAAAUGGUUCCAGACAUGUGUACACUUUUAUAACCUAGCGUUUCGGUAUUAUUUUGCCUGCGAAACGAGUUAAAACCGAAAAUCAAUGUUCAAUAUAUAUCUGUUUGUAA